AUGGUAAGCACAGCGUCAGGUGUGAGAGUCAUCGUCAAAGGCGGUGUCUGGAGAAAUACGGAAGAUGAGAUCCUGAAAGCGGCCAUCUCCAAGUAUGGAAAGAACCAAUGGGCCCGUAUCUCCUCCCUUCUAGUCCGCAAAACCCCCAAGCAGUGCAAGGCGCGAUGGUACGAAUGGCUCGAUCCCUCUAUCAAGAAGGUCGAAUGGUCCAAGACCGAGGACGAGAAGCUCUUGCAUCUCGCCAAACUCAUGCCCACUCAAUGGCGUACCAUCGCCCCCAUUGUUGGCCGAACCGCCACCCAAUGUCUUGAGCGCUACCAAAAGCUCCUAGACGAUGCCGAGGCCAAGGACAGCGAGGAGUUUGGUAUGGGCGCCGGAGAGGACGAGGCGUCCAAGCCUGCUGCCGAUGCACGAGGACUGAAAGCGGGUGAAAUUGAUACCGACCCCGAGACGAGACCCGCACGACCGGACCCUAUCGACAUGGACGACGACGAAAAGGAGAUGCUGUCUGAGGCGCGUGCGAGACUGGCAAACACGCAGGGAAAGAAGGCAAAGAGAAAGGCGCGUGAGAGGCAGCUGGAGGAGGCGCGACGUUUAGCGUUCUUGCAAAAGAAGAGAGAAUUGAAGGCGGCGGGUAUCAACUUGAGAGCAAAGCCCAAGAAGAAGGGAAUGGACUACAAUGCCGAUAUCCCCUUUGAGAAGCAGCCCGCUCCUGGAUUCUACGACGUCACGGAAGAAAACGCCAAAGUUUACUCUGCCCCUGUUGGAUCUUCCCUCCGAGCUCUUGAAGGGAAGCGUAAGCAGGAGCUGGACGAGAUCGACGAGAGGAAGAAGAAGCAGAAGAAGGAUGAGGGAAAGGGCAACCAAACUCAGCAAUUCGUUGCCGCCCGAGAAGCUCAGAUCAAAAAGCUCAAGGAGCAAGAGCAAGUCAUCAGACGGCGAAAGCUGAAUCUCCCUGUGCCCCAGGUCGGUGAGAGGGAGCUGGAGGACAUUGUCAAGAUCGGGCAGGUCGGAGAGAUGACGAGGGAGCUUGUUGGGGAUGGCAAUGCGGCCACGGAGGGACUGUUGGGAGAAUACGAGGCUUUGGGUGCUGCCAAGACUGCAAGGACGCCACGAACCGCUCCUCAGAGAGACAACAUUAUGGACGAAGCGAGACAUCUUCGACAAUUGACGUCUGCCCAAACCCCUCUUCUCGGCGAGGACUCGACUCCCUUCCAGGGCGGGCGUGCAGGUACCGGUUUCGACGGUGCUACCCCUCGUCACUCUGCCGAGGCGACUCCCAACCCUCUCGCUACCCCUGCCCACGGCAACGUCCUCGGUCCCUCUAGAACCGUACCUGGGUCCACUCCCAUGCGAACUCCCCGUGACAACCUCAGUAUCAACGACGAUGCUUCCAUGUACGGCGAGACACCCAUCAGCGAAAAGCAACGUCUGGCUGCGUCAAGGAGGGCUUUGAAGGCGGGCUUUGCGUCGCUUCCCAAGCCAGAGAACAACUUUGAGCUGGCCGAGGAUGAGGAGGAAGAAGAAGGUGACGAGGAGGUCGAGCUCUUGACGGAGGAGGACGCUGCCGAGCGGGACGCCAAGAUGAAGGCGGCGAGGGAAGAGGAGGAGCGAAGAGAACUGGAAAGGAGAAGUUCAGUCGUCAAGCUCGGUCUGCCCCGACCAAUAAAUAUCAACCUUCAAAACGUCUUGCGCGAGCUCAACUCUGUCGAAGAAGCCAUCGACGCUGAACUCGCCGACGCUUUCCAACUCGUCAACCUCGAGGUCGCCUUGCUCAUGCAGCACGACUCUAUCGCGCACCCUCUCCCCGGCACAUCCAUCCCUGGCGGUACCCCAUCAGAUUACGACAUGCCCGAGGAUGAGUUUGUGGCAGAGGCGAAGAAGGCGGUGCAUGCAGAGUUGGCUGGUGCUAUGGGUCUGCCGGGAGCGAGUGAAGAACAAUUGAGGCUUGCUAUCGGAUCUUCUGCCGAAGAGGAUGAUGCUGCCUUUGCCGAUGCUUGGGCCAAGCAGCGCGAAGAGCUCAUCUACUCGCCUUCUACCCGCAAAUGGGUCGAAAAGGCCUCCCUCUCCCCCGAACAGCUCUCCGCCGCGUACACCCACGCCAUCUCUGCCUCCCGCGACCGCGUCAUCGCCGAAGCUACCAAAGCCGCCAAGGCCGAAAAGAAGCUCGGCAAGCAGCUUGGUGGUUAUCAGGCCAUCAACGGCAAGGCGAAGAGAGGGAUCAGCGAUGUGUUGGAGGAGAUUCAGCAGACAAAGAGAGAGUUGGAGACGUUUUUGAUGCUCAAGGGGAUCGAAGAGGCUGCGGCGCCGGCGAGGCUGGAGAAGGCGAGGGAGGAAGUUCGCGUGAUGGAGAGGAGAGAGAGGGAUCUGCAGGCGAGAUAUGCAGAGUUGAACGACAGAAGACGGGCGGCGCUCGCUUCUAUCGAACAGCUCGAAGAAGACAAAAUCGUUCUUGCUGCCCAGGCCGAGCUCGAAGCCCAAGGAGGGGAGGUGGAAGGAGAUGCUGCCAUGGACGGGGGAGAAGCAUGA